AUGCCAAAAUCACUGUCAAAGCAAAAGUAUGAUUUGCGCAAAAGAAUCAAGAAGACCAACCAAGGAAAACAAUGGCGCGAUGAGUUGAGGAUUCAAAAAGAAAAUGCACGUAGCAAACACAUUGCCUAUGAAUGUGGACUACCAGAUACUGCAAAGUUCUUCUUCAUCAGAGAGAAGUCCAAAGAAGAGCUUAUCUUUGCGCCGAUGAAGAUAUUCAGCCAUGGUAUUGUGGUUCUUGUCGACAAAACCACUCUUGACCUGCUAUUGAGUGCCCGGUUCAACAAUUGUAGUGAUAUGCAUCCGGAGCUUUUUGAAUUCUUUCAAUCAUCAAUUUGUACAUUUUAUUUACAUGGUAUUUCCAGAGGACAUGUCACCAACAACAGCACUAUUCAAGGGAUCAGCAAGUAUGGUGACAUGAGAGCUUUAGGCUGGUGUUGUGGAGGAGGCAUAGCUGCAGAAGCUGGGAAGGAUGUUGGUCACUAUGCCCUCAAGCACGCAACAUCUCAUUCGGAGGACAGAAACUGGCUUGACAUUGAGCGCAGCUACUCCCAUCUUUUCCGUGCUAAAGAUUUCUGGGCAGAGAGAUUUGCCGCUCUAUCCAUGACAGCAUUCAAAGCAAAUUCCAAAACCUUCUUUUGA